AUGAAAUUUAAGUAAUUUCGAUGGCCAGAGUGACUAAAAUUUAUUGAGAAUAUAUAUGAAGAUUUUUAGUAUAAAUAAAUCAGUUCAGAAAAAGAAUCUUUGAGUUUUUGGAGAAACAUUACGCAAUAAAUUGUAGUAUAUGUUAGACUAAGUAGAACUUACAGAGGAGAAUAACCAACUGAUUGCAAAAAUAAUUAGGCAAAAUUUAAGAUAAAUGGAAUUCUGGAUUAUAUAAAUUGACAGGUUCAAAUUGCAAAAGUCAUCAUCGAUUUUAGGGAAUAAUAAUGCAAUAUAGAGUUUUUAUUUUAUUAAUAUAAACUACUUUGCAUUUCUACAGCUAUGUAGAAUUAAACUUCAGACAAGUAGGAAGAUAAGUUGA